AUGUAUAUCAAAUCGGAUGUCACCCACAAGUUCAUCGGUAUCAGUACUGUCAUUUCGAUCGGUGCUCUGCUUUUCAUGAAGUUCAUAGAAAGUGAGGAGCGUUAAUAAAUUUCACAAAAACUGUAUCCUUUUAGUCAACAAAAACUACCCGAGAAACAACUUUUGCCUCACCUGCCCAAAUCUGCCGCUCACCAGUCUUCCAAGGACCUUUGAAGUAAUCUUUAUCAGUUUCUCAUCAGUUUGAACGGUGUUUGUUUCAGAAAGGAAUGGACUUCAAUCUGUUUCUACUUUUCGACUUCGUGUCGAUGAUUAUGAUCCUCAUGGCGUUCACAAAGUUCGCGAUAGCAGGAAAAUGUAUGCUCAAACGUCUCGUUUUUUCAGAGAAGACUACUACGAGCAUCCCGCCUACAUUUGUGUUUCCAACAUGUGCCGCUUUGUGUUCAACGUCAUCAUCUUCAUGAACUCGGACGUGGUUCCUCGGAUUCUGAGCCCCAUGUUUAGGGAACACUGUGGAUUGGGCGGAACGUGUUCCGACGAGUCCAUUGUCCCCCACACGAGGGUCGCUGUCAUCUAUCUCGUCUACUUCGCUAUCGCCACUACUAACUUUUUCCUUUCUGCAAUCGUUCUUCAUUUUCACGUGCCCGCUGAUAUUAGACACAUGUUUCCGAUAAUUGUGCGAGUCAGUCCGAGCACCAGAAGAGCCAGGUCGCCGUUCCGCUUCAACUUCAGUUCUCCGUUCGCCACCGCUCCGUACUCGUCUUACAGUCGUUCGCCGUCUCCGUCAAAGUCCUCCGAAGUUUUGGUUGCACCUCACUCUCUGUCCUCUUCCUCAGCCAGCCUCACAAAGUACCACCGUCUAGAAUCAAACGAUUCCGAAUCUUUCCGUCAGUUGAAGAAUAAGAUUGUGCCCGUCUCCUCCUCCCCAGCUGCUCCGCAGCAAAACACGAACUGA